AUGUCCUGGCGCGACAACAACAAACAUCUGCGCAUCUUGCGAGAUGCCGAAGAAAACGGCUACGGUGUAAUCGCAGCCAUUGCAUAUAAUCUCGAGCAGAUAUUGGGGUUUGUCAAAGCCGCAGAACAAGCGCAAUCACCAUUCAUCAUUCAGUUCUUCCCAUGGGCGAUCACAUUCUCGGAUGGACUCAUCGUCCGAGCGGCCGCUGAUGCAGUAUCUCGGGCCAAGGUACCCAUCUCAAUACAUCUCGACCAUUGCCAAAGUCCAGAUUUGGUCAAGCUUGCAGCGGAUAUGGGAACGUUCGACAGUAUCAUGGUCGACAUGUCUCAUUACGAGAAGGAGGAAAAUAUCAGCAGGACGCGCGAGCUAGUGGCGUACUGCAAUGAACGCAAUGUCGCGACUGAAGCCGAGCCUGGCCGUAUUGAUGGUGGCGAGGAUGGCGUUGCCGACCUCGGUGAGCUUCAGAGUGUGUUCACUACUGCAGAGGAGAUCGAAGAUUUCGUCGCAACAGGCGUGGACGCUCUUGCGCCGUGCUUUGGCAAUGCCCAUGGUGAAUAUGGACCUCAAGGACCCAAUCUAGAUUUUGAGAGGCUCGACGCCAUAAGAACCGCCAGCAACGCGCGCGUCCGCCUGGUUUUGCAUGGCACAAACGGCUUCGAGCCUGAUCUUAUGAAGAAAUGUAUUGCUGCCGGCGUCUCGAAAAUCAACGUUAACAGGGUCGUGCUCGACAACUACAACAGUCACCUGAAGAAGAAUGCGCCUCAUCUGCCGCAGACGACUUUGAUGGAGCAAGGUGUGCAAGAAGUGAUUAAGCAGACGGUGGAGUGGAUGGAGAUCUGUGGCUCUGCUGGAAGAGCGAAAGCCUUGGCUAAGCAGCCGCUACAAAAUGGAGUAUAG